AUGGCAGCAACUCACUUGUUCCAGAGAGAAAAGAAUGCUUCUCUGAUACUUCCACUGCCCUGUAUGAUCGCUCACAAAGGUAGCAGAGAAGCAGCGUUCACCUAUGCCAUCAUUGCUGCCGGAGUAGCCCACGCUGUCACGGCCGCCUGCACCCAGGGCAACCUCAGCAAUUGUGGCUGUGACCGAGAGAAACAGGGCUACUACAACCAGGAGGAGGGCUGGAAGUGGGGAGGCUGCUCUGCGGAUAUCAGAUACGGCAUUGAGUUCUCCCGGAGGUUUGUUGAUGCCCGAGAAAUCAAAAAGAAUGCACGAAGGCUGAUGAACUUGCACAACAAUGAGGCUGGAAGAAAGGUGCUUGAAGAGAGAAUGAAACUGGAGUGCAAGUGUCACGGAGUUUCAGGUUCCUGUACAACCAAGACCUGCUGGACCACACUUCCUAAAUUCAGAGAGAUCGGAUAUAUUUUGAAAGAGAAAUACAACGCUGCAGUACAGGUGGAGGUGGUGCGAGCCAGUAGACUAAGACAGCCAACUUUCCUGAAGAUCAAGCAGAUCAAGAGUUACCAGAAACCAAUGGAAACAGAUUUAGUGUACAUUGAAAAGUCACCAAACUACUGUGAGGAAGAUGCUUCCACAGGAAGUGUUGGCACCCAAGGACGACUCUGUAACCGCACCUCUCCCAAUGCGGAUGGGUGUGACAUGAUGUGCUGCGGAAGAGGUUACAACACGCACCAGUACACCAGAGUGUGGCAGUGCAACUGCAAAUUUCAUUGGUGCUGUUUUGUGAAGUGCAACACUUGUAGCGAGCGGACAGAGGUGUUCACCUGCAAAUAACGGCAUCGUGCACAAACGAACAGAGCAAAUCGCCACCAGUGAAGACAGUGGAGGACAACAAACGACAACAGCAUCAUUUUGCACAUCUAAUCUUCUUUGGGAAAAAAAACAAAAACAAACACAAACCAGUACAUAAACCAAUCCCUCCCCACCACUUACACCUCUACAGAUGGUGCAUUUUGGCUGGCUGACUGUUGUGACUGCUUUGGACAACAGGACUAAGGUGAUGUUGACAACUACAUGAAACAUUUUCUCUCUUUUUUUCUUUCCUUUUUUCUUUUCUUUUUUUUUUUAAGCUACAAUCUGGGUGUUGUAGAGUUCUCCUAGUAAGCGUUAUACAUAUCAGAGAAGCUGAUGGCGUUGCAGCUCCCAUAAAAUUUAAAUAAAAAGACACCUUCUCAGAUUUUAUGACAGAAACACCAAGCCCUGUGCAAAUAAAGACUUCUGUUUUUCUUAAGAAACAAAAUCUUCACUGACUAGAACAAAGCAGUCUUGCUGCAAAACCCUAAAUUUAUAAGAAAGCAGGUAGAGAGAAAACCACAACUGGUGGGGAGAUAAAACCUGUGGCGGAAAUACUCCACUAUCAGCUUGAAAAAAUAAAGUUCACAAAAUUACAUCAGCUGCCAGUGACACUGGAACUCUUUGAAUGAACAUUAAAAAUAAUUAUUUAUGUUUAAAUAGCAUAAAAAAAAUUCUAAGCACUAACGGGUAGUUAUGUCUUAAUUCUGUACUAAAUGUAAACUUAUUGGAACUCUGACUUUUUGAUUUUUGUAUUUGGUUCUCCCUAAGUUCUUCAAUGCUACUGAUCUGUUGUCACUCCUCUAGUAGAGAGUUCGAAUUCUGUAGGCCUUAAGCAAUGACCAGAACUGAGCAAAAGAUCACGUUAAGCUGAUGCUUACAAAUGCUUGAUGAAGACUUUCUUGUUUGCCUCCUGACUACGAGUGACUCUUUUAGAUUCAGGCUUCAGGCAUGGAGCACCUACCCUCAGCUCUCUGCAGGGAGUUGUGGGAUACAAAUAAAUGCUUCAACAAACAUCAAAGGUUUUGCUUUGCAGUCAAAUGCACUGGCAGGAUCUUACAAGCAUUAAACUUUGCCUUUAACAGUUAAAACAUAAGAUUAGCAAUAGUUUUUUAAAAAUUACCAGCUCAGUAUCAGCUGAGAAGUUAAUAAAUAUAUGGUGGCUGAACACCGUAUUGCUGCAGCCUGUGAGUCAUGAUGGAUUCAUGAGCAUAAGAAAGCUAAAACGUGGACUAGAUUGUGUCAUCAUUAUUCUAAGGUUGGCAAUAACACAACCCUGGUAAAUGCGUGAAUGUUAAGAAAGUAGGGGACUUUUUACAACAGUGUCCAAUUUUAAUUCACUUGUCUUUUUCCUCUGAAAGAUUAAAAAAAAAAAAAAAAAAAAAAAUCAUCUGAUCAUAGAGCCAUUAAAGGUUGGAAAAGAUCAUCUAGUCCAAGUGUCAAACCACCCCAUCUGAUAUUUUACUACUGCAAAACCCAAUGAUUCUAACACAGACACAUCCAUUACAAUACAGUCCAUUUAAUCAUAUAAUCACAUGCUUGCAGCAGGGAUCCCAAGCUGUUGCCCUGCUAGCUCCCAUGCUGACUAUGUGAAUAAUCUAGGAUCACCCCCAAAUUUAUGGGCUUGUACUAUCAAAAGAAACCAGCUGCACAGGGACCUUAGUUUGACUGCUCGUGAAGACCUGCCUUUCUGACAGAGACACUUACCCCCUGAAAAUCAGACUCCUUUGAUGUGUCACCUAUGGGGCAUUCAAAACGCUAAGCACUUGUGCAUUUUUGUUAUUGCUGUUGGUUUCUAAAUAACAACCACUGGUUCAAACUCAGCAUAAACGAGUGCAACUACACAAAAGGAAGCUGGGCCCCUCCCCAAAUGCUAGGGUCACUCUGUAUAAUUUAAAGUUCCUUUGAUUCAUGGGGACUGUUGUUGAAUAAUAGUGAAAUACUGUACUUUCACUACAUUCUUGACAGGAAGCAAAUAAAGCUCCCAAGCACAGUAAUGCACAGUCUUAUGGUACUAGAUACUGUAAAUAUAUUAGAAUAGUAUUUGUUAAGUACAGUUGAAGAAUCCAAUUAAGUUAUAUUAAUGUAUAUCGUUUAAAUGUCUAUAGAGUAUUUUAAAUUAUUGUGAACUACACUGCAUUAAGAAGAAAAAAAGGUUAUAUAUUAUAACACCAGCCACUCUGAAAAGUGGACCAAAGUGAUGCUAUCUUUUUUUUUUUACACACCUCUAUUUCAAACAGCUAUGUCAGUUAUUCACCAUCGUAACAAUCCUAUAACUGAAUUAUCUGUGUACAGUAUAAUGUUUCAGAGCAUCCUAAAAAAGCUCUGCUCAUGUAGGGGUGCAGCAUUCAGAAAGGUACUGCUGUAUGGCACAAAGCAGAGGCUGACCACAGAAGUUCAUGGGUUUUGAACUGUGUCCCAAGAAAAAGCAGUUUUGAUGAGAAAACACCAUUACCACUACUGUACUGAAAAAGAAAAAAAAAAAAAAGACAAGUUUUUACAAA